AUGUCUUACUUUACAGCAGUUAGUUCCAUUCUUUACCGGAUUAAGGUAACUUUCCGCUUUUUUUGCUAUUUAGGAAUAUUUUAUCAGAGCUUCUGAAGCUGCAGGUAUGUAGGAAAUCUGCUUUAUUGUAACUUCGUUUUCGGGCAAGAGACGCCCAAUUUCACUCUUUGUUUCAUUUAAAUCUGAGUUCUGACUCACAUAUAGUCUAAAAAUGGUGGGGUUAACCAAACGACAAACCAUCGAUGUUAAUUUAAAAACAGCUACGACUUGUAAAGCUAUAUUCGAGGAUUAGCACUGUAACCCAACAAAUAAAGGUGUUUUUCUUGUAGCUGAAUUUAGCGAAUUUAAACACUAUAACCGUAAUUUUAACACCUUUUAAAGGAAAUUGCGAGUAGCCUUCUACGUAUAGCUAAAUAUCGUUUUAGUGAAGAUUAUAUAUUUUAGUAAGGGAAUAUCACCACUGCAUUUUAAAGAUCCUUUCGCAUUUUGGAUUGACCUGAUAAAUCAUACCCCCUAACGAAAUUGUUUCCCCUAAGCGAAAGGCAAAUUCAAAAUAUCUCUAAUCGGAUUGAGGCGACGUUUUACCAAUAAACUGUUUCCAGUUGUUAACCUACUUAAUUUCGAUCAUGUUCUGGGGGUCGCCUUGCUUUGACGUUAGAAAAUUAGGAUCUUUGGUGACUGGAAUAUUUCUUGGUCGCGGGUUUUUAUCAUAAUUAUGUCUGAGACAUUGCCAGUUUGUGGGUGCUAUUAAAACAACUCACUAGACUGAAAUACAGUCAAACCUUUAUGGCGACCAUCUCCCAUACGUCAGGACCACAAAACUAGAGCACUAAACAUUUUCCGAGCCAAAGCUUAAUAGUUCAAAUCCUUUCAUAAACGACCACGCCCCGUGAGAGGUUCGACUGUAGACAUUAUUAAACUGACUCACCGUAUUUCUCAAUUAAUUACGCUCGGCUGGUGUUUAAUUCAAACUUGGUCUUGUGAACCGGGCGUUUGUUUCAAUCUGCAGUUUGUUCUAGAGAAAAGCUUUUUCGGUCAUUUUUCUUGACAAACGUGUAUCUUGUCUUUACACCCUAAGUCAGUGCUACAAAUAAACGGCUGAAGGGUUUCGUCACAACAUUCACUUCAAGAUCUGGUGUUUAUUCGAAGACCGGCGUUUAAUUGAGAAAAUACGGUUAUAGACGGAAAUGCUGAAAAAAGGAUCAGUGUUUCAAGACAAAUUCGCUUUGAUAAGUCAGAUAUCUUUUAAGUUUUGUUUUCAUUAUUUUUAAGACGAAUGCAACACUCCUCUUGGCAUGGAAGACAAGACCAUUUCAGAUUCGGAUCUUACUGCCUCCUCGGAGUAUCCUGGCUUGGACCAUGGUCCUCGUCUCGCCAGGCUAAACUUAGUGAGGUCGGACUAUUAUCAGUACGUGGGCGCUUGGAGUGCUCAUUACAAAAUCGUAGGGGAAUGGAUUCAGGUAUCGGUGCUGCUUGAAAAGUGAAACGGUACUCAAUUAAGAGCAAGCUCUUUUUAUAGUGAACUUGAUAUUUGUAUAUGAUAGUUAUUGAGGUAAUGUAGAAAGUGAUUAUCUGAGUUUUUACUGUCGAACAAAGUGAAGAUAACGUCAAUCGGAACCAAAUAGGAGGGCGAGCGUUGUUGUUUCAAUUGCACCGACUUCUCCUCAAAAUCAUGACACAUAAAGAUAUUGGCCAAAACAGGGCCCUUCCUGUUUUGGCCAAUAUCUUUAUGUGUAAUUUUGAGGAGGAAUAGGUGUAAAACAACUACGAUCGCCAGCUAUCGCCCUUCUAUUUGGUUCCGAUACGUUGACGAUAUACAUUCACUUUGAUCGACAGCAAAAACGCAGCAAAUCAGUUUCUACAAAGCUCUUUUUAAGUUCAUAUUUUUUUCCGUACACCCAAGCAUCAACUGGUAGGAGCUGUAAAUUUGUGUAAAUAGCAGACAGAAUGUAAUCCUUCUUUCAGUUUUUUCUCUUGAAAAAAUGAGCAUGAGCGACUUUCACGGUUUCAAGCCCUUUAGUGAUUUUGUUUUCAAGGUGCAACCUGAAUUAAGCGAAUUUAUUAUAAAGAAACUUGUGUUUUUUUUGUUUUUAUUUUUUACCCUUUGUCUGAAGAGCGCAAAGAUUUCCAUUUCUAAACAAGAGCGCCCUCUUAUUUCUGAUAGAUUAAUUUACGAAAGAUCACCAAGGUGACAGCAAUCGCCACACAAGGAAGACAGGACACCAAUCAAUGGGUGACGUCAUACACUAUUUGCCACGGUCAAAAACUAGAUGGGUUCUGUCAGCCACUAAAUGAGGUAACUAAAAUGAUUAAAAGUUAACACCCUUUAAUCGGUUUUGCAUGCAAUCUGCCUGCCUAGUUUUACCGCGGACCAUUACUUAAUACAAAAUCUGACCUUUUUAUCAAGGGUAAAUGAAGUAAACUAUGCUUAUUAAACAGAGAAUGUAUGAAUGAAUAAUGAACUAUAAUUCAGAGGCACUGAAGAUUCAUAAAAUUUACAUAUGCUCAGCGUUAAAUUUUUAUAAGUGAUUAGGGCCGCAUGAAAACGCUAAAAAUUGAACACAAAAUUCAUCGGUAUUGAUCCUAAUUCCCCCACAACAUUCUUCAGCACCUUUCUUAAAUUUGUUUUCGACCCCAAAAAAUUUCUGGAUCAUUUGAUUUCACCAUAAUCAAGUUCUUUUUCCAAUUUUUAGAUCCUAAUUUACCACCCAUCUUUCCUUUUCUACAGUUUUCGAACUUCUCAAACAGAUCUUGAUAUUUUUCAGCUUUCUCAUCUUCCUUUUCUUUUCCCGGUCCAUCCUCAGGAAUUGCCACUUCCAUAUUUUGACAGCUCUUGUCUCUCUUGAAAAUGAUCACCAAAUCUAGUCUCCUGGCGCCCAAUUUCAUGGUCUGGUGGGAUACUGAAGUCCCACAAAUGUUUUAAAUCGUCAUUUUCACUGAGCACAAUUUCCGGGACAUGGUCAUAACACCUUUCAUUUCUCUCAACCCACACUUUCCUGCCAGAUCCCAAUGGAUGGCUAUAGCCACAUUGUCAAGUCUCCUCUUGUAUUCUUUUUGUGCCAGUGUCGCACAUGAACUUACAAUAUGGCUGAUGAUGAUGAUUCACUAUUGCAAUAAACAGGAGUAAUCAAGCCUCGGAGAUAUUUUUAGAAGAGCACUAUUUCAAAUUCAAACAGAGAUUUGGUGAUAACAUUUAAUUGUUUGAAUCUUACUAGGUAUUCGAGGGAAACGCUGACCGAAACACUGUUGUUUCUAGAACUUUCACGAGGCCUAUCUUCGCUCGAUUUCUAAGAGUGUUUCCUUUAACAUGGUAUGGACACAAUUCUAUGCGGCUUGAGCUUUAUGGUUGUAGGCAAGGUAAGGCACUUACCGGCUGUCCCUUUACUGUGUUAUAUAAACGCCUUUUUCAAUAAAAUCUUUUAAACGUUGUGUUUCUUUUUGGUUGACUUAAUUGGGUGGCCAGAUAGCCAGAUCAAAGUAGCUGAAAUUUCCUAAGUUACACCACACUGCAUGCUACUUUAGAUAGAAAGUUUCUGAUUAGCAAGCUUCGAUUUGCACAUGCCACGGAAAGACUCAGCAGAGAUUGCCUCAAGGAAAACCCUGAAGACUGACUCAGUCUUGUAAAAAUUGAAGUUACCAUGCCAGUGCACAAAAACGUGUCCUUCACCCGAAGUCAUGAGAAGGAAGACUGAGGACCCUGAACUUGAGAAAGUCCAUCGGACCUUUGUUUUCUGGCACUGCUUUUAAAAGCUAGAAAGGAGCUAUGACACCAUUUUUUUGGUAGAACGUCAAUUAAAACCAUAUAAAAUCACUUUGAAAUAAAAAAAACCCUAAAAUAAUUGCUCAGUUCUAUUUCUAGUUGUAUUCUACUACUAGUAUCAUAAGAGUUUGAUGGUUGGUGUGGAUUGCAACUUGAAGAAAAAUUGGGCCUAAUUUUCAAGCUAAAUUAAAGUGUUAUCAAUAAGUGACAAAAAACAGAACAUGCAUGCUUCCCUUUGAUAAAAUCGUUUAAUAUUUUUCUAUUCCAAAGCCAUUGAUUAUGGUAUGCCCCCCACCUAGGAGAACGAAUUGGUGUUUUACUACUGCUCUUUAUUUUAGAAUCGAAUUUUGUGCAUCACUGUGAGUGUACUUUCAUAUAUUUAUAUCUCCAAUUAUCUAUAAAAAAGCUUGGCGAAUUCUCUCAGUGAUAUUGCUUUAACAGUCCCUUUUCGCGGGAAAAAUCUUUACAUCCGCCCUCUCAGUACACUUGUUGUGUCACUAGGCUUGGGCUUCUUGCCAAGCGAGGUGAACGCCGGUCUCGCGCACGUCGGGCAAAAUGUCGCGUUCGCCUUGUGACUUGGCUCAUAAAGCGCCUGUUUUGCAGACUACGUAACCUAUUAAAACAAGUAAAAAGAACGUGACGAAAACAAAAGAUUCCUCGAAUGUUUUUAUGAAUUGUAUGCUGGAAAUAAAUCCACCCUAUAGAGCAUUUCACGGGGGUGCUUGCAAAAUAAAAAAUAUUCGUAACGUUAGUCUUAAGCAGGUGUACCUUUUAUUUUGACUAGCCAGUUAUCCUCUCAAAAACGUGUGUAAUAUUUACGUCUACUAUAAAUUUUAUCAAGUGCCCCUGGUUCCUUUGAUUAUCUUCACUACGUGCUGUUGGUUGUAGCGCCCACUCCUUUUUCGCAUCUCACAAACUGCUACUUAAUUUCAUUGUCUUUUGUAAUUUAAGGUUUCACGCCAGCUGUUGGCCCUAUGUGCAUGGAUAGCCUCGGGAUGGAAACGAACAAAAUUCCAGAUUCUGAUAUUACGGCUUCUUCACGGCAUUCUACAUAUAAGCCAGCCUUUGCCAGGUUUGCUAUUUGCAAAUUUCUUUGGAUUUAAUUUGUUUGUUCCAUAAAAGCGGCAGGGGAUGUUACCUCAUCAACACAGAACAAAACUGCAGCGAGUGUUGAAUUAAAAUCACGCUGGAAUUGAAAUAGUAAGCUGUAUUGGUUUUGAUUCUUGCUUUAAUAUUUAUUGCUAGCGGAGGUAGCGUGACCGAGCGGUUAGAGCGCUGUUAAUAUUCGGAGGCCCCGAGUCCAAAUUUAGUUAGUAGUAGUAGCAGUAAAAUUUUGUAGUUUAGUAGUUUAAGCCAGAAAAUGUAGUGUUUUCAUUGUGAAACACACGUCAGCAGCACGUGCUUGUCAAAAAACCAUUCAUAUUAAAUGAAUUUGCGAGGGCAAGCGCCUAACACCGAUGUCAAAGUUGUUUAAACGUGACCAAAAGCAAAAUUUACGUUGAAUGAAAGAAAAAAGAGCUCAUCAGAACCAAAUCCAAUAUCAUCCAGUAACUUCCUUGAUACGAAGUGGACAGGGAUAACUGGGGCUGUAGAUCGCAGAUUUUGGUCUUACUUGGGAUUCUGAUGGGAUGGUAAGGAUGGAAAGCCAAUAACUGCGAGAGAGCGAAAUGCGAGCCCGCAGACUAUUCUUGGUCAGUGGCACUUAAUAAACUGCACAGCGAGGUUCUUCCAAAAUAUGUCCACAUUCUUGGGAUGUCCGUGUUCUGCGUACUAACAUGCAUGGUAUGUGGCCGCAAAGGCCCUGGUGAAUGCAAAUGCAAGUGAUGCAAGAUGCAAUGAGCAUAGAGUUCUAAAGUGAUGACGUCAUAAAAAUUAAAUUUGUGAAAUUAUAGAUUCAAUUUUUGAAGCAAGGACCAGCUUACAAAAAAGAAGGACCGGGUCCUAAUAAAGGAUCUAAUCAGCAAUAAGUGAAAAUAUAAAACAAAAGAAGCAAGGCUGAUUUUACAGUCGGGAAUAUAUAUAUCUUUUUUACAAAUAUUUCGGAAGGCACGGCCUUCCUUCGUCAGGGUCUUAUAUAUACGUAAGACCCUGAAGAAGGAAGGCCGUGCCUUGCGAAAUAUUGUAUAUAUUCCGGACUGUAAAAUCAGCCUUACUUCUUUUGUGAAAUUAUAGGAUUUGUCAGGACAUUCUGAAAGAACAACGUCCAAGAGGCCUACUUGCCAAACAUUAACAUUUUAGGGCAAAUUGUCCCUGAGAUAUCAGCUCAGUUAUGCUCUGAUGACUCCAUUCAAAUCCUUUUUGAUUUGACUAGGGCCAUAACGUUCUGACCCGAAUCAAAUUUAGAAGGAUUUGUAUGGAGUCAUCAGGGCAGUAAGGAGCUAAUAUCUCAGAGACAAUUUGCCACACAAUGCUAGUUUUUGGCAAGUAGGCCUCUUGGAUGUUGUUCUUUCAGAGUAUCCUGACAAAUCUCAUAAUUUCACAAAUUUAAUUUUUAUGACGUCACACUCUAGAACUUUAUUGUUCGAUUCGCAAACGUACGUAAUUCAGGUACACAUUUACACGUACUGUACUACUAAAUGCGAGACUUUUCGAUUCUCCUUGCCCGUCAGAGCAUGACCUCAGCUUAGCGCGGAACGAGUCUUCGGUAAGAUACGGGUGUUAGCAAAGUCUAGAGAUACACUACAGUGCAUGGUUUUUACAUUUUUAUACGUUUCCCAGCAUGUUACGUCGCUUGUCAUCUGAAAGCUUCAAUAAGCUUUAAAUGACACUGGUAAACUAAGCUUUUGCUUUGGUUUCUAUUGCAUCUCAACGGCCUUUGGUCAUUGAACACGGAUUGAAUUAAAAGACUUCGUGCAGUCGUAUCACUGUAUACACUUCAGGUUGUAGAGUUGUUAUGUCACGCAUUACUGUUUUCAUUGUAUCUUUCUGCCUGCGAAUACAGCCCUCUCUCCUCGUUCCCCACCAUUCGCAGGCUAAUUGUGUCUAAGCAACUGUGAAUAACAUCUUUGAAUUAAAAAUGAGUCUUGUUUACUGUGUUGUUCAAUUUACCUUCCACGUUCAUGACCUACCGCGAUUCUUUUUGUUGACACUGGAACUAAAAGGGCUUUCUCUGAUUGACGUAGGCAAUUAUGAAAGCGGUUCUCAUCAAUUACAUCUUUAAGGUAAACGGGGGGGGGGGGGCACUUGGGUACUUUUUGGGCGGGUAUGUGCCGCCCGGGACUCCAAAUUGGCACCCCGUUCUAGAAAAAAUUUCCCCUAAAAUUGACACCCCGUUCUAGAAAUGGGCCAAUUUUUUAUACUCCGUUCUAGAAUUCGCCCUAAAACUGAUACCCCGUUCUAGAAAUGAGCCAAUUUUUUAUACUCCGUUCUAGGGGGCAACAAGAGUACAACGGUUUGCUUGUUAACGCACUGAGCCGUAUUUUUAAAAGCAAUCUGUCCUUGAAUAAUUUCAAAUGGCUGCUUACAAAAGUGGAGCUUUGAUGCGUUCGAAAUAUUAUACCUCGUUCUAGAAAACGCCUCUGAAAUGGAUACCCCGUUCUAAAUCAGGAGCUUCAAAAUCACGACCCCUUUGGGCGGCACAUACCCGUAUAGGUAAUGUAUGGGAGUACCCCCGGGGCCCGCACUUCCUAACUGUAGUAUUUCUAACGGGCCACCGAGGCCAUGUAGUCUGGUAAACACGAGCACUACUUAGCUCACCGCUUCUCACCGCUACAGUACGAGACACAACUCCGUCAAGUCACUUGUCCCCAGACUUUCCGCGCUAGGGAAGUCCCGGAUGUAAUCUACACGAACCGUCGGUUAUUGCUAGUUUAACUCAUAUGCGUAUGUAUAUUCAAGUUGUACUUAAAGAGAUAUAUAUCCGUUGUUUAGGUUACACAGUCAUACCUUCUGGGCCGCCGGAAGUAACGACGUACUCCAGUGGAUUCAGGUAAAAUUCGGACAAAGAGUUAUUAUCAGAGCUGUGUCUACACAGGGACGACACACAAGUAACCAGUGGGUGAAGAGCUACUCUUUGAAUUAUUCGUCAGAUGGAUUGUCUUUCAGGCGGUAUCAAACUAAUAAGCACUUAACGGUUAGUAUCUUUCAAACAUUCUACCAUGUUUUAAUUAUGGGCGGCUUCCGGCUUUUUCCCUUUCGCAAGAAGGCAUUGAUCAUAAGGUCCUAGAUAUGUUCACUUAAGUGUCGUUUAUGCAACAGAAAUUGCGGGUGUUGUAUAGCACGUAAAUUUACGGGACCUAUGUAGGUCCCGUAUCGUUACUGUUUUUACUAAAUUUAACGAGAUCUUUUACUGAGAGUGAAAAAAAGUAAUUUUUCCUCACGUAAUUCGUAGUAAUGCGCUUUGUUAACCUUUUAUCUGCACUUUAAAGCCGACUUUGUGAAAAAAGAAGAAGAAUUAUCAUUUCCAGUAGACAUUGAAGAAAAAGUAACGAUUGCAUGCAAAUUUCAUUUUUUUGAGAGGCUUAAACGUGUUCGAAACGACUUAAAAAUUUCUUUACACUCACCGAUGGUUAGCUUAAAAAAAAAAGAGUGAGUCAUUAAUAAAGUACUAUAUCAAGGUUACGUGUGCCCUUAAGUGAGCCCGUAAGUUACCACGUAAAACAGAAAAUUACCAGAGUGCUAAGUGCGUUCCAUACAACACCCGUAAGUGUACCCAUAACGGAUUCGUAAGUGACCUACUUAAGUGGGCACUUAAGUGUAGGUUUUAUGCAACCGGGCCCAGAUCUGUAAGAUCUGGGUAGUGCCUCUGAUUGGAUGAAGCAAAUUUUUAGCCAAAGAAUUACCGAGAUCUUGGUAGUGACGCGUCAUCAGUAGUAUGGAAUUUCUUCUCCCUCUCUUCAGACGUCGUUUCACGGGUGCACCAGAGGCGGGUGUCGCGAAAUGCCGGCUGUUUUAUUAGGCUUAGAAGUUUCUAGAAAAACAGUAUUUUCCAGGUGAAGGCUAGAUAUUUACCAUUUUACCUUUUAAGACCUUUUUAACAAAGGUGCGUUCGUAAAGCAAGCAAACUACCGUUGAGGAAAUGUAGAAAGAUCCGUUUAAUUUGAUUAAAUAAAAGUUCUAUUACAUCUCUCGCUGUCUCGCUCAAAAACGCGCGAAUUUAAAGUGACUCUGAACCCAAACCUUGGAAAUUGGCAAAAUUUAAGUGUCGCGAAAUAUGAGAACCAUCUAAUUCUAACUCUAAUCGUAUAAUCUGUAAAGGGUAUAUCCCAUUACGGCAGAUGAAAUCAAAUCAAAUCGCGAAAUUAACGUGUCGCCAAAAUUUCAUGUAUUAUUGCCAUUUAUUAUUCAUUCCCAAUAUUUCGCCCUUCCUAUAUCAUAUCCUAUAUCAUAUCUGAUAUAGACAAGGCUAAACUUUACAUCCAAUUUCUUAGACCAAAAUAACCCCAAAUCUAAAUAUUAGUGCAAGAAUGAGUUGAUCUACAUAAGAAGAUUUUAAAUAAGACUCUGAGUGGUCGCCUACGAGAGCUUAAAAACAAAAGAAAAGUCCAGUUGGGUAAUCCUAAAAGUGGUCGCGGUCGCUUACGAGAACUUAUCAUUACAAAUAAGUCCCAGUUCAAAUGGGGUUUCACAAACGUGGUCGUAACUAGACCUUCGACUGUAAUUCUUCACAUCAUACUCAAUCUCAUUCAACAAUAGUUAAGUUUCAGCUACUUCUACGGAAUUUUUUUAGAUAUUGGUUGGCAAUACAGAUAGAGGGACCGUGGUUACCAAUCUACUCAAUCCACCAAUCACCGCCCUCUAUAUCCGUUUACUUCCUGUCACGUGGAACAAUAACAUUUCGAUGAGAAUGGACUUCUAUGGCUGCAUUCCAGGUAAAAUAACAAAUGAGAAACGUUAGAAAGGUCAGCUGAAACAUGGCUGUGCUAAUCACAAAUACCGUCAAAAACGGAGAACAAAAUAAUUAUAUUCAGCCAGCCGUAAACGCCUUGUUCUCAAAACGGUAUGACGUCUGCUGAUGUAAAACUGAACAAAGAAAACACGAACUAUGUAAUUUCUGACGAAUGAGAGACCUUGAAACCAAAAGAGGAUAAUGUUAAAAAGAGGGAAACGCCCAGUCUAGCCCUUGGGAUACGUAAAUUUUUCUUGAUGGGAAAAAUUUGACGGCCUGGUUUAGAAGCGCACGAGUUUUUGUGGGAUUCCUCAGUCGUUGUGAUUGCUUUCGUUUUGUUUUGCAAAGUGUCCUCUUCGAUAGUUUACGUUGUUAGAAAUUCAGAACUGUAUGUUUUUGGAGAAGCCUUUCUUAUGUCAAUUACGCCUCCUUUGGAAAUUAGUUUCAUUAAUUCUUAAUUAGUCUCAGUAUGUAUACACGUAUUCAGAGUUUAAUGCUUUUUGCUUGAAAUCUUCCCCUAGGUUUCGUGCUAAUAAUUAUCAGUAGGGGAACCCGUUUCCUCGUAUUAUUUGGCCACUUUUCAAGGAUGAUUUAAUAGUGCUUUUUCUAUUAUCCAGUAUCAAAAACAAAUGGAAAAGACAGGCGUUAUUCACGUAAACUAGUUUGCUAUAUGCUAUCGUAAUAAAUCAAAUAUAACAACGACUAAUCUUGCUGCUGGCGUGGGUCUUUCUGUUGUUAAUUGGGAGCGAGGUUGCCUAGAAUCUUUACAGUUCUACAUUUUCUUGUAACAACGUCGCGAUCGAGCGCCUUGCUACAACGGGCGGUCAUUUUGGUUUUUAAGGACCUGUUUAGAUGGAGGUGGGGGACCCCAGGUAGGUGAGGUAACCCCCUUAGGUGGGGUAACUCGCCUGUCCAUAUAAUCUCUAAUUUAAAUGUGAUCACGUUUACAUGUUAGGUGGGGUGACCCGCCACAUGUUAUCUCACCUACCUGGGGUCCCCGGCCUUCAUGUAAACAGGCCCUUAAAUGUACCUUAGGGAGGGAAAAAACCUCGUCCCCGGGGUUUUCAGAAGUUUAGAUUCUUGUUAAUGAUGUAAACUGAUUAGUAUUUUCAAACAAUACCAAUAUAGAUUUCCUUUCAUGUCGCAUAGCUCUUAUGCAGAUGAUGGAGAGCUCCUUGCUCCGAAAUAAAACCGCAUUAAAAAUAAAAGAUAAAUACUGAUAUUGAUAUUUAUGAGGGGAGCCCCUUUCAUGAUGAUAAUAAAAAUGAUAGUCAAAGAGAUAAUGAUUACGAUGAUGAUAGUGAUGAUGAUGAUGAUGAUGAUAAUAAUAAUAACAAUAACAAUAAUAAUAAUAGUAAAAGCUCAUGUGGAGCAUAUUCUUUUCAGAUCCACCCAUUCCAACAGCUUUGUAUCCACUGAACGGAAAAUUCGGUACCCACGACUUGAGCUCCAGUCAAAAUUCAGCAGGCAUUGCCUCUGAUGUUCAGCUCGCUCCAGGUCCUUAUGGCGAGCCAGAUGGCUCGUACCAGUUCUCAGGAAAUUCAUCCAGCUACAUCGAGUUUCCAAACAAUGGAGGACUGGACACGAGAAAGUCACUUACUCUUCUUGCUUGGGUGUAUCCUGAAAAUGGUGACGGUCCGAUCUGGAAUUAUUAUAAAGGUAGUAGCUGGGCUGUUCACUUCUGGAUCACUAUAGAUAAGCUGUUUGCUCGCAUUGUAUCAAGAGAUGGUGUUUCGCAACCAGCUUUUACAAGCAAAACAUGGUCACGUAACAAGUGGUAUUUUGUUGGUACGUCAUAUGAUUAUGACUCUGGGGUGCAUAAACUUUGGAUCGAUGGCAAAGUAUAUGACAGACAAGAUAUUGGUUCAAUGGAGAUAGAUACCAUGGGAACCGCCAGAAUGGGUGUGAAAUCGGGAGAUAAUAGAUUUUUUAAGGGAAGAAUAUGUUGCAUGCAAGUGUAUAACAAAUCUUUGACAGAAAAUGAAGUUCAUGCUGCCAAAGGAAUUUGCAGGAAAAAAGGUUAGCACCGCAUGACUACUUUCACAUAUCACAUACAUUCAUGCCCACACCCUCUCCUCCCUCAUGCUGCGUCCGCGUUACCAACUUUAGUGUGCUCAGUCGUGUCAUUCAGAGAAAUCUGCAAUAAAAUUAAGCGUCUUUAUAUAUGCUACCAUCAUUUUUACAAUUCAUUGGAGACAAAGAAUGGUGGGAUGAAAUUAUAGGGAGAAGAAUAGGCUUACGAAUUGGCUUGUGUAAUGAAUAAUGAAACCAUGGUCCGAAUGUGUUUUAACCUUACCACCGUUUCCCUCCCCCUUCCCACACAGAAAAACAAGUUACAUUUAAACACAAAUGUUUUAAACUGAUAGAUAAAAAGCACCCUCAGUAUACUGUAAUUAGCUUUCCUUUGAUUGCUACAUGGUUUUGAUAGCGCGACACUCCCAUCAGCGACGACUAAAUCUUUCCUUAAAUUUCUGAAAACAGUAACAAAAUACGCUCAAACUCAAGUGAAUGUUAUGAAAGAAGAUUGUAGAAAUAAAAGUUUGCAAGUAAAGGGUUGAAUUUAUGGGACACUAAUUGAUUUUACAUUACUCUUGGUGUAUGUCGUCCUAAAUCUUUGAGUACUUUCAUACCACAGUUCCCUUUAGACCCGCUGCAUUCUUUCCUCUAAAUGGACAAUAUGAAACAACAGAUAUUAGCCUCAGUUCCAAUCCCCCUGGAAUACCAGGUGACGUGCAGCUGGCCCCAGGUCCUGACGGUGGUACUGGAGGCUCGUACCAGUUUUCGGGAAACGACAACAGCUUCAUCGAGUUUCCGAAUAAUGGAGGCCUGGAUACAAGAUAUUCAUUGACUUUCUUGGCCUGGAUUUAUCAUGAACAAGAGAAAGGAUCGAUUUUUUAUUUCGCUCAACAAGGUUUUGGGUUUGGGGUACGUUUCUCGAUCAACGACAAUGACCGAUUUAGCGCUAUCCUUCGAAGAAGCGACAACUUUACGAGGAUAAAAAUGACGACGAGCAAAAUUCUUGAGCCAAGAACAUGGCACUUCGUUGGUACCACGUUUAAUUUCACAAGCGGUGAAUUUAGAAUUUGGUUAAAUGGAAGUAAAGAGAACGGGAAGUGGAUAGAGGAGCCUGUUGAGAUAUCGACUCAACUGAAUGUAAUCAUGGGAGCUUUUUCAGGAAAUUUCAAAGGAAGGAUUUCCUGCGUUCAGCUUUACGAUCGUGUCCUGACAGAGCAAGAAAUUGACGAAGCUAAAAAUCUUUGUUCUGCAAUAGGUAUGGGCCUUACUAACCUUACCAAAACAAUUGUUGGUUUUCACACGACGUCACCAAAACUCAAACUAAAAAACUAUCGAUCCUACCGAGAUUUUACUUCCACGAUGCAUUAGAGCAGCUGAAAACUAAUUUUCAUACAAAUUUUCGCUUCAAAAGGGUUCUUGGUUUUGUCAUAGAGUACGCUUGUAUUCCUAAGCUUUUGCGUGACACGGCAUUUACAUGACGGCCAAGAGAGCUGUCAUGUAGGUUAAAAAUUGACUUAUUUCAGGAAAUUUUGCUAUCUAAACAGUUUAUGUAUUAGAAAAAGUAUUACUUUAAUGUUUAUGAGUUUCUCGAAGAAUAAAUUCACGCUCUUAUAGCAAAACUCGGUAACAGAUAUUUUUGCUGGUUUCCGUCCGCCAUGUUGGAGCUCAUCCAAGUGAGCACCAGCAUGGCGUCUCCAUACAAAUCUCUAUAAGUUGAGGUAAAACAUUUCUUCGGAUAUCUCGUAUACGAAAUGUUUGUCUGACCUGAAUCUUGGCGAGGGUCUUUGUAUCUCCUUUCAUUUCCCAGAUUCUGGACUUUAUCUAUUGAACGGUUUUGAUUUUUAUUUUGAUCUAUUUUGAAUGGCAUGACACUGAAAACCAGCAAAAAAUUACCUGGUUGCGAUCACAAUAGACGACGAUAUUGAUAAAGAUGAAAAUUUAUUCAAACCAUUUCAAAUUGAUUCAAUCUCAGUGUCUGUUAAUAGAGAGAGAGGUUAUAAAGUCAGUCGGCGUUAAUUAAGACAACGUAGUUACAGCAUUCUCAAUCUUAAUUUGCUAUCCCUUGUCAUGUCAUCACCAUCAUCAUUAUCAUCAUCACGUCACCUGUACUGCCAUCACUAUCAUCAGCAUUAUCAUCAUCAUAACCAUCUUCAUCACCAGCGGCACAUAUGCAUACUCAGCAAAAAUUAACCCAAUGUUCAAAGGUCAAGCAAUUUUUAACGUUAUUAUUACACCUUUCUGCAAAGGGCGAUCGAGUUCCAACCAAACUGCUUACCUGGGAGAAACUGUGGAGCUGAAAUGUGAUGCUCUUGAAGGUAAAACAGUGCGUUGCAGUAAAGAAGGAGCCAUACUUCAAACAAAAACCGCUGGAUAUGGCACGAGCUUGCUCAUCAACUCAAUUCAACUAGGCGACGCAGGAGUUUACACGUGUGAGGUUAUAAAUAGUACUGGAUUAAUACAAGCUUCCUACAUUGUGACCCUGACGGUUAAAGGUACGUAGUUGUUGUUUAUAGAUUUACCGAUUUGUUUACUUACUUCACUCAUUUAUUUAUAACAAAAGUACGCUAACUAAACCUCUAGUAACAUGUUGUGUGUAGUAUUUCUGAAACAAAGUAUAAGGUUGUUGUUGUGUUGCUAUAAUUUUGUCUCUUCCCAACUCGUUCCCUGACACUGGCCUCUCCCGUUCGCUCGCGUGCUUUUCGCAAUCUAUCCUUUAUUACUUUAAUUUUCAGACCCUCGUUUCCUUUGCUCCAAGUUGGAUCUCACUGAUGACAAAACUGAAAGCCAGUGGAAACGUUGGAGCGUGUUUCCCAUAAAUUAUGGCCAGUCAUUUAACGAAGAACAGUGGUUCAAGGCCAAUCGAGGCUCUGCAAUGCUCACGUCUUGCGUACGACCUGAGUGGUGUGGUACCCAGGCUUCUGGCUGGUUGAAUGGAAUGAGUCCUUCAAGAGAGUCUGGGAUCACUUCUGCUCAAGCUUGUUUCAACUUCCGUGAAAACUGCUGCUUUUAUUCAUUACCAAUACAAGUAAAGAAAUGCUCGGACUUCUUUGUGUACAAGCUAAAGGAAAUUCAUCCACCCUUUCCAGGACAGUACUGCUUCACAAAAGACACACCAGGUAAGUAUAAACGACGUGGUCGCCAUGUCAAUGCAUAGUUUUUAAAGGUGAUAGAACAUUAGUUUGAGUCGAAGUACUACUUUCUUUUUUUUCUUACUGUUGCUUCAGCAGAUUUUGUCGACACCCUGAGUAACGUCGCGUACAUUUCUAAAAAGAUUGUCAGCGCUACUGUUAACUCGUACGAGAUUGCAGCAGAGAACUCCGUUGAAAGCUCCCUGCAGUGUAUGCAACUGUGUACAAGCUCCGUUAAAGGAGAACAGUGUUUGUCGUUUGACUACAACAACGUUAACCAAACAUGUCAGUUGUAUAACAAAACGACGCAUGGA